GUUGCGGACGAGGAUCUAAUGAGUGCGAAUCAAGAAUCUAGGAAAUGGCUGACUCUGGGGCUUCAGUGAUUGAUCAUCGGCUUUCACACCCUUUGCGUUCAUUCAACGAAUACUACGGGUCAGUGACUGGCAGAACACUGCUCCCGAACACAGACCUGAAUACUAGCAGACCUACCCAAUGGAUCGGCUAUUUCAGACUCGCCCUCGCUACUCCACCCCUCACCUACACUACUGACUUCUCGUCCUCCUUCGAUAUGCAUGAUUCUCCCAGGGCUCCUCUCAGGCUAGGCUCGGACAUAUGAUUCACGCCAAGCUCGGGUCUACAUCAGCUAUAUAAAUACGCGCCAUUCCGCUGAUUACCAUCACAAUUUCCUCGGAACGAUCGCUCCAAUGAAACCAUAGGUCACGAGAGUCGUUCGCGUUAUGCGACAAAAAAAGCUCAACAGUCGCUUUGGUCGCUGGUUAAAUUUAGCUAGUGGGGUACCAAAAACUUGCCGCGGCAUCCGUGAUAAUCGCGAUGUUGCGGACCUCCAAAAUUCAAGUGUCCCUGGAGCGGACACCUCGUCAUCAGAAACGUUUCGACUGAAAUGCAGCUCCGCUGGUCCUACCACUCCCGACUUGGACUCGGAGCAUCUAUACAUUCUACUUGAUGGGAAUAGAUUCGUGACCAUCAAUUAUACGACACGAUACAUUUUUUGGAUAUCUCUUUUGAACUUGAACUGGAAUGGGCCGUGUGCGAGGGAUGUCACGCCAGUCAUUUCAAACGCUAAGAUUGCCCUGGACUGUCUUAUACACGACGUUAUCGUUGUCAAUGAUGAUUACCCUGGACCGAUCCUCACAGUCGUGAAGCACUGGCAUGGAAUCAAGCAACGCUUGUCGAACGAGGUGUACGGAACUGCUAUGGUAACCCAAUGUCCCAUGACGUCUGGGCAUUAUUUCAUGUACGACUUCAUGCCGACCAACCAGAGCGUAACAUUUUGGUGCGAAAUGACUUCGUACUACCUAAAUGAAGUUGAUGACAGUCAGGCAUUAGCGUUCAACUAUGCGUCAUCGAUUGCUCUUACUGUCUUAGAUCGAGGUAUCACAUGA